AUGAAUCCAGCUAUGCACUGUGCACCGUGGCGGACGCUACUGCUGGUGCUUGUCAUCCUCUCCGCAACUCUGUGCCUCUCGCACGCAUGGGCGGCGGAGGAUGUGAAUGAGCAUACCUCGGAGACGCUGGAGCUAAUCUUUGAGGGCUCCACAACGUCAUACAAAUUACCCGACUCCAUUGUGGUGCUGAACAAUGCAAACUUCGAGCCCUACCUCUUUCCCAGCAAGCACGCGACACCACGUGCGUUUCUGGUCCUCUGCUACUCGCCAUGGUGCUCUCACUGCAAAGCUCUCCUACCGCAGUUUCUGAAUGCCAGCCUGCAGUUGGACUUGAUGAGGGUGCCGCACAGCACCUUUGCGGUCGUCGACGUGCAGAAGAACACGGCCGUCUCGGAGUACUUCAACGUGGAGCGCUUUCCUACCCUACUGUACACCACCGGCAAGGACAGGCAGUGGCACUUGUACGAAGGUAGCAACACCCAGGAAGGCUUCAUGCAGUUCUCAGCGUACCUCCAGCAUGCCGUGGACAACGGGAGCUUCUCAGAGGACGUCACGGAUGUGGUGCGCUUCAAUGAGGUCGAGGAGAGCAGUGGCACAACGCGUGUGCCGUGCUACGUGUACGUGCCCGCCACUUCCACCAGCACCCCUGAAAACCAGCGCACAGCCUCCUGGAGCCACGCCGUCGAUGGCGCCGCGUCCGUCAGCAACAUCCGCUUUGCCGUCAUCUACGAGAAGUCUCAGGCGGAGGGCUGGGUGGAGCACGCCGGUGAAAAGUACAAGAAGGUGGUGGAGAAGGCGAAGGCAUGCGUGGCGGCAGGGAAGGCCGGCGGCCCAGAGGGCGAGGCUCUGGUUGUCUUUUCUGAUCGCUACCGCGCGCCUCGCUGCUACUCGGGCCCAUGGGUAGAGAAGCGCAGUGUCGCGAAGACGUCUAAGUCCAGGACCGGGCAGGCCACCGGCGAUACGAUGGCAAUGAGCACGUCACUCGAGAACUUUCUGGCUCUGCACGGCUUCCACGCCGUCGAGGACGCGUCGUCGGCCAUGUUCGCUACUCUCGAGCACUACCCCAAGAACUACUUGGGCGUGGUUAUGACAAAUCGUCCAAUCAACGACAAGGACACGGAGUAUGUGCCAGUGCUGCGCGAGAUCGCACAGGCCGCAAACGACGCUCUGGAGAAGGAGCACGGAAGAGACUUAUCGAUCGAGGAGGAGAUGCGCAUCCCUCGCGUUUCGUGGUCGUACAUCGACGUGGUGGAGUACGAAAUGUGGCGCUCGCGCUACGACGUUGAGCUGGAUCAGCUGCCGGCUGUCAUGAUUAUCGACACGAAGCGCGACCGCUUCUUCAAGAUGCGCACUCACGUGCCGCGCUUUGAGGCAAUUAAGCUGAACACUCCAUGGAGGGUCGGCGGAGAGCAGCACCAACUCAUCGCGCAAUUUGCCCAGGAUGUGCUGGCAGACGUGUACAAGGCUCAGAAGCUGUCUGUCGCUGGCGCCGUCGCGGAGUAUCUCUCCCACUACCCUGGCUUCGCUUUUCUGUACGAAACGCUCAACUACGAGGACUUCGUGUUCGAUGUCGUAGUGAUGGCCCUGGGUUUCUUUAGCUUCUUACUCUUCCUGGGGCUCGUGAUGGAGCCACUGAUGGAGUGGCACGAUGGGCGCUCAAAGAAGGCGGCACAUAAGGCCAAGAGGGACUAG